GAACGGCACCAGAAUUCUCUCUGAUGAUGUUUCUCUCUUUUAAUAUCGUUUGGAUACACUAAUACCGUGCUUUGCUUCUCUUCUCUGCUGGCUACGCUUAACUGGUUUGAUUACACGAUCGUCUGUUACUGGUAAUUGCAAUCUUCCAUCUCCGUCAUCAUUUCCGUGUCGAUCUGUAAACAUGAAGGCGCAGUGUGAUAUCCAAAUGGCUUCCAAGCAAGUUGAAUCCAAAAUCCUUAAAGGCCGUACGACAAAGGAUCGCGACGUCACACAUGAGGAAAUGCAAUCCUUACUGUUAAAGUUAAAAAAUCUCGUGCCCAAUAUGCCGAGGAAUAAGAAGCUUUCUAAAUUGGAAAUAAUCCAGUACGUGAUUGACUAUAUUUUGGACUUGCAAAUAGCUCUGGAAACUCAUCCUGCUGCUGCUGCUAGGCCUAAUACUACAGUGUUGACGGCUAUGAGUCCUAACAGACAACCUCUUGGAGUCCUAUCGCCGGCAAUAAAUACCUGUGCAGCUCAAGAAGUCAAUCAAACAGAAAAAAUUCCCAUCAUUGCUGACGUCAUCAGUGCAAACAGACCUGUAUCCUGUUAACUACAAAUGAGCACUCAGCAACAUCAGUGAACUGAGAGACUUUUGAUGAUAUUGCUAUUUGUAUAAAGGUGUGGCCACUGGCCCAUUUGCAUAAACUAGUCUUUUUAAUCUGUGGAAUUUUAAUAGCUGUUGUAUCGUUUUCCCUUGUCACUAAGAUCUCAGAUGUCAGUGGUCAUUUAACCAAGAUUUCUUGGAAAACCUACUUAAAACAGAUGACUGAAUGAAAAAUGAAAUUCAACAGUUGUGAAGCAUUAAUUUUUAUUCCAGUUUAAUGUAACAUAGAGUUAAUAUUGUAUAUUUUUUAAAAUUGAUAUUGAAUUGGCAUUAACUAAAAGUUCCAUAAAAUUUUUAAUUGAAGUCUUAAGUAAUUGAUAAUAGUGAAACAUUUUAUAAAAAUGAAUGUAAAAUUUUUUAUUUAAUACUUAAAUUUUUAAUUUUUGUAAUUUAAAUUUCUAAUCUUAAUAAUUUUUAAUUAACUAGCAAUUUAAAUUUAUAGUAUUUUCUCUUUCAUCAUUUUUAUUGUUUGCCUUUUUUCUGGAAUGAAGAAAUUUAAGUUUUAAACUAUUUUCAUGGUUAAUUGAGUUAACCUCAUUGAAUCUGUACAACCUUUUAUCUAAAAUUAUGCUUCACAGAUGCAUUUUUCUUCAGUAUAUGUAUAUUGUGUAUAUAUUUGAAAUGUGUGAAAAAAGCUUGUUUUCCGGUUCAUAAUUGCAUUUCUUUUAAAGAAACUGUGCAUUUGCAUGGAAAGCUUUGUAAGUUAUUCUGUCAUUAGUUAUUAUUUAUAGAAGCAAAUGGAAAGGGUUCCUUGAACAAAUUUUUUUUUUUACACGUUUUUGAACUUCAAAUGUAUUCUUGUUAAAGAAAAUAGUAUGCAACUUUCCUUUUCUUGCUUAAUGAACAAAUGUAUAAUAAGAAAAAUAUAUCUUCAAAAAUGGAUCCUAAGUAUGUAUUUUGUACUUUUUUAUGUCGUGCUUGCAACGACAGCUGGGGUCUUAUGUUCCUGGAGCAUUUAUAAAAUGGCUUAAAUCAGACAUUUAAUUUGUUAUUAGUAAAGUAGAUUUACGUACAAAUGGUUUUGUGAUAUUUUCUGGCUUGCCAGAUAUUGUACAAAUGUAUGGAAAUUGUAAAGUAUAAAAUUUAAAAAUUAAAAUAAAGAAAUUAUUUAGAAUGGUGAAA